AUGAUGAAAAUAAAUUUGUACAAGUUGUUAUGCUUCAUAUGUGUAAUAUUUUUCUUACAUAAAAAUGUGGUAAGAUCAGGGGAUAACAUGAAAUACAAUGAUAUGAAAGGAUUAGAUGAUCUUAGUAAGUUAAAUGAUGAUCAGGUGAAGGAUAUUUUAGGAUUAAAAAUAGAUGGAGCAAAAGAAAGAAUAGAAAAAUUAUUUCAUUUGAUAGAUAAGAACAAUGAUAAAGAAAUAACAGAAGAAGAAUUAAAUACAUGGUCUAGCUUUUUAAAAAAUGAAAUAUUUUUAAAACAAGUACAAGCGGAAAUGGGACAAAUAGAUUCUGACAAGGAUGGGUUCAUAUCUUUAAACGAAUUAAAUGAUGCAUUUGCACAAAAUUUAGAUGCGAAAGAAGUUGAAAAACAUUCAGAAGGAUUAUUAAAAAGAUUUCAAAUUGUUGAUAAAGAUAAAGAUGGGAAAUUAAGUAUUAAUGAAGUUGGAUUAUUGAUUGAUCCUAUGAAAGAUGAAGAAUUAAAAGAAUUAGAAAUAAAUGAAAUUCUUGAACAUCAUGAUGUAAAUAAAGAUGGAAAAAUAUCAUUAGAUGAAUUUAAACAAACAAGAUCUGAUGAAAGUUCAGGUGUUAAAAAAGAUGAUGAAAUGGCUCUUGAUGAUUUUAAUUUCUUUGAUACUAAUAAAGAUGGAUUUAUAGAUAAAGAAGAAAUUAUUAAAGUUUAUUUUGAUCCUGCUCAUGAAAGUGGAGCAAUCAAUGUAAACGAAAUAAAGGAAAAUAUAUUUGAAGGAAAAAAAAUUACUUAUGAUUUAUGGAAUGAAAAAGCACUUAAAAUUGCUGUAACAUCUUUAACUGAUUAUGGUGAUGUUAUAAGAUAUCCAGAAGAUUUUAAAUUAGAUAUAGGAAAAAAUGUUAUCUUACCAACAGCUCGUAGUAGAGCUUUCGAAGAUGAUGAUAUUGAUGCUGAUAACACAGAAGAUGAUAAAGAUGAAACUGACGAUGCAUCCCAACAAAAAUCCCCAGCAAUUGAUGAAUUAUAG